AUGAAGGAAAUAAGAGAACGAAAGGUAAUCUACCUUUUGUUCACAGCUGUAACUGUAUCUAGCAAAUGUGCUUCCAUAUCACAGACAUGUCUGUCCGGCACUGAUUACCAUUCCCUGUUCGUGGAGGCACACCUAAACAAAAGCACGGUGACAAGACUUGAAGGUGCAAAUAUUCUCGAAAACGAAGAUUCAGAUUUUGAGUCAAGUCUCGAAUCAGGCCCAAUAUUCUCCAGUGACUUAGCGCUUUUUUUAAACACUGAAUUAAGUGAAGGUCUAAAAAAGCAGCUUGUGCAUGUUGGUCCGUAUAGGCCCGAAAGGCCUAUAAGUGGUUUUGCAAAUGACGACUCAAACCGAUCAUUUAGUGAAGUGUAUUAUAAGAAAAGGACAUCAUCUGGACAGUUGUUGAAACGAUUCUGGAUAUCCUACUCAGUGACUUUAAAUGGAGUAUACUGUCAUCCUUGCUGGUUGUUUGCGGAUAGGAGCAGUACCUCUUUCAACCCUGCUUGGACCACGGGAAUGUUGAAUGAUUGGAAAUGCCUUUCAAAAAAAAUUUUGACACACGAGAAUGCAAGAGUUCAUCUCGAUGCAUGUUUGGUGUAUUCGACGUGGAAAGCUAUAUUAUCGGAGGAUGAUGUCAAUAAAUAUCUGUUGGGUAUUAAGUCCAAGUGUACAGGUCAUGACGAUUUAAGUAUUGAUAUGUUGAUAUUAUGUUGCCCUUAUAUAUUACCAUACAUAACACAUAUCAUUAAUACAUGUUUUCUCUAUUCCACAUUUCCAGAAGCCUGGAAGAUCUCACGUGUAAUUCCGCUACCAAAAAAAGAUAUUAUUACCACAUAUAAUGACUUACGGCCUAUUUCUAUAUUACCUGUUCUUUCUAAACUCCUGGAAAAAAUUAUGAACUCACAAAUUUUAAAGCAUGUUAAUCAUUACGAUAUUUUGCCACCAAGACAGUCUGGAUUUAGAAAAGGAUUUAGUUGUGCUACUACUUUAUUGGACGUUAAUGAUGAUAUACUAAAAGACUUGGAUCAGGGUAAAACAGUGGCAUUGGUGCUUCUAGAUUACUCCAAAGCGUUUGAUACAAUUAAUCAUAGUACCUUACUGGCUAUCCUACAUUUUUUGGGAUUUUCGUCAAAUUCAAUAAAUAUGCUAAAAAGCUAUUUAAAUAAUAGAUUACAAUUUGUACAGACAGGUAGGGGUAAAUCUGGAAGGGCCAAUAUUUGUUGUGGCGUGCCUCAAGGCUCUAUACUGGGGCCAUUACUCUUUUGUUUGUAUACGUGUAAUUUAGGCAAUAUUUUAAGAUUCUGUACACCAUACUUUUAUGCUGAUGAUACGCAGCUCAAAUUUUCAUUUUAUUCGGAUAAUAUCUUGGAUGCCAAUAAAAUAAUUAAUGAUGAUCUAACAAGUUUGGUCUUGGAGUCCAAGAAACAUCAUCUAUUAAUAAAUGCACAAAAAUCAACUAUUUUAGUAUUUGGUAGGUUUAAGGAAAACUUUCAAAAUAGUCUUAGGAUAAUUGUAGAUGGGGAUGACUUAAAAUGUUCAAGGGAGGCUAAAAAUUUGGGUAUCAUAAUGGAUACAAAUUUAAGAUACGAAGGACAUAUAUCUAAAUGCAUUAAAAAAGCUUAUAGCAGUCUAAAAAUGCUUUACCCCCAUCGUCACAUUCUAUCCCAGACUUUAAAACUUAAACUAACUGAUUCCCUUGUACUAAGUCACUUUAACUACUGCGAUGUUGUGUAUGGCCCCUGUCUAGAUAAAGUUAAUAUUAACCGCAUUGAAAAAGUACAAAAGUCUUGUCUUCGAUAUACUUAUGGUAUAAGGAAAUACGAUCCUAUUUCUUAUAAGCUACAAGAAUUUGCCGUAUUUUCCUUCUUUGAAUCUUCAUCUGAGGAUGUGCCUCCAUUUGCGGAAACGGGAUUUGAAGUAAUGUCUAACUUACCUCUACAGAUGAGUCUCUAUUUUAAUGUUAUUUUUGUUCCUCUAUGGGGCUUGCUCUUAACAUUAUUUCUGGUAGAAAAUUUUUAUUCGUAUACAGAGUUAUAUAAAUUUAUAGUUAUAACAAUAUUAUCAACAAUAUUCAUAAUGGAAAUAUUAAGAUUAUACCUAGGAUACGAAGGAAAUUUAAAAGAUAAGCGGAUACUUAAGAAUACCGGAAUGUACAACUACAAGUUCCUAAAAGUACAAGGCCUUGUAGAUGCCCAUUUUCAAAGAAGGGAGCGGUUUUGCACGGAGUUUCUGGGCAAAAUUGACGAGGAUAACUAUUUUCUGGGAAAAAUUAUAUGGACAGACGAAGCCAAAUUUUCCAGAGAAGGCAUUGUUAAUUUAAGAAAAACCUACAUGUGGUCCGGCAAGGAAAUUUAUAACAAAAAUUUGGUUUUAACGUUUUUUGUCUGUUGA